UCAUGGCAUUGACAACGAGUUCGUGAACUCUUCUAACGGAUAUUAUGAAAGAGGGCCAGGUGAUUACAGUUGAGGUGAUGUCAGUUAGUAUUUAUAAGUUUGAGAAAGUUCAAGUAAUAACGGUUAUGUUGAUGUAGUUCAGACAGAACUGAAGUUUUAUAACACAGGCCAUUAAAUUAAAUAAUGUCCCGAAGCCUGAUCAGUAAAAUGAGGAGAAUAUUUGCAAUAUCGGAUAUCCAUGUUGAUUUUAAAGAAAAUCGCGAAUAUGUGAAUAGUUGGUCACAUGACAGAUAUGGAGAAGAUGUUUUAAUUCUAGCUGGUGAUGUCACAGAUCUUACGAGCUUACUGAAAGAAACCCUUCAACAUUUGAGUAAAACAUUUUACAAAGUCUUUUAUGUCAGUGGCAACCAUGAAUUAUGGAUACGAAGACCAGAAGAAGUUGCCGAUUCUAUUGUCAAAUUUCAUGAAAUUAUCUCCCUUUGUGAUUCUAUUGGCAUCUGCACAAGACCAGAAAAGAUACAAGUGACAGACAGUGAUUCUGUGUGGGUGUGUCCUCUCUUUUCUUGGUACUCAACACCCGAUGACGAUUCGGACAAUUCUCUAUAUAUCACAGCUACAAAUCCUGAAUCCGAUAAAAAUGCUAGAGAUAUGUGGAUGGACAAUCAUUUGUGUAUUUGGUCAAAACUUCCGUCAACCCGAUCAGAAUAUUUUGAGAAAUAUAAUUCAAAACAAAUACCUCCCACAAUGGAUUCUCCUGUGAUAUCUUUCAGCCAUUUUGUCCCUCGGCAGGAUCUCAUUCUACCAAAUGAGAAAGAGAAAGAAAAGCUUAAUGCAGAGUGCGAGAGAUUAGGACUGGCGGUAAAAAAGAAUGAAAACUCAAAAGUUAACUUUAAUUUUUCUAUGUAUGCGGGGUGCAAACGAAUCGAAAAACAAAUAAGGGAGAUUAAUCCAGUUAUACAUGUGUAUGGCCAUCAGCAUCGACAGAGAGAUAGAAAUAUCGAUGGAGUUAAUUAUAUAUCACAUUGUUUGGGAUAUAAAAAAGAGAGAGAUGCAGGUUUUAUGUGGGGAAUAGAUGAAUGGAAUGGUCCAAAAUUAAUAUGGCCGCCAUCAUCAGCUUAAAAAAAAAACCAGAGAGAGAGAAUUGGGGUUUAACAUCCACUCAACUCAAACUAAGUCAUGUCAGGGCUAACACAUGGCUCAAUUUUAUUUCAAUAAUUGGCUUGCGUGUUGGGGUCUUUAGCAGUAGGAGGAAACUGGAGGACCCGGAGAAAUCCCACAAUUUUAGACAGGCACCCCUACUCCUUGUCACGUAUAACCAGGGAAAUGUAACCACACCAGUCGACUCGAUGACAGCGUGGACAUGCUAACUUUUUGGCCAUCGAACCCCCCUAGAAAAAAAAAUGAGAAAUGAAGAGAAAUUUGCUUUAUUUCUAUAUAUAUAUAUAUAUAUUUAUAUUUAUAUAUGUUAUAAUAAUUCAUAAAGUGACGAUCAAUUUCAAUAAAAUAUUUAAAAUCGA